AUUUGUUGACGAACGUGUGAAAUGCUAACGAGCCAUCGUCAUCAUCAUCAUGACAGCCUUUAAGUUAACAGAAGUGAAAGCUGACAUCUUCCAAAUUCCACAGACGUAUUCGUUGGCCUUUAGCAGCACCGCCGAUUUUUAUGCCGAAAAGGGUAAAUUAGCAUGGAAGGUGGGAGUGAUUUUUGGCCAAUACGAUAAUCUCAGUCGCCAAUAUAUUACCAGUGGAAAUGUUGCCGUCAUGGAGGAUCAUGCCCGUUUCAUAUAUUUGCUGGUGACCAAAGACAGCAUGUAUCACAAGAGCAGUUAUGCCAAUGUGGAAGCAUCGUUGAUAUGUUUAAGACAUCAUAUGCAAAGUCAUGGAGUUCACAAAGUUGCAAUGCCCCGUAUAUGUUGUGGCAGUGAUGGCUUGGAAUGGCCGAAAAUAAAAAAGAUGAUCUUGGCAAUUUUCGGUCGUGAAUACAAUACCGAAAUUAUGAUUUGCAAUUAUCGUCCCGAAAAGUUAACCGUUCCGAGAUGUCGUUUCACAGAACAGCGUGGAAGCAAUGUUUCAGCGCCGGACAAUUGUGCAGUGGUACACACGAUUAGUGCAGAUUUUGCCAUGUGUCCGGGUAUUGGUGUCCAAUUCAAUUGCAAAAAUACCCGUGUUACAGAGCAACUGCGACAGGAUAAGCAUACCGGCAAUGUGGCCGUGUUGAAAGAUCAAAAUCGUUAUGUUUACAACUUGGUGACCAAAGAGCGGAAUCAUGAACGUGGAACAUAUGUGGCAUUGUUUUAUGCUCUAAUUGCUGCGCGAGAUCAUAUGCGUAAAAAUGGUGUCACCAAAUUGGCCAUACCACGCUUGGGUUGUGGCAUUGAUCGCCUGGAUUGGUUGCGCGUUAAAGAUAUUCUGGAAAUUGUCUUUGUCGAAGAUGCGGUUGAAAUCAGAACAUAUGCCCACGAACCAAUGGUGUCGAUGGCCAGUCGAGAAUCCCUGCACAUGCAUUGUACGUCAUGUAAGAAGGCUUUCUGACAGGGUCGCAAACCAUCAAAGCCGCUGCCGCAUAGAAAACCACCCAUUUGGAAAUAAUUAUGUGUUGUUAAAGCUUUAAAA